UUUUGAGUGUUUUUAUACCUUCUAACAAAUAUGGCGAUUGACGCAAACAUUGUUUGUUAUGGAAAUCUUCGAAUACCACUGCGACAUUGAUUGCUUUGAGUGAAUGAUUAAUAUGUAGAAAGAAUGUUGCUGCAGGUGUUGCUACUGAGCCUUUUCCAUGGCUGUGGGGCUGGUGUCACUGAGUAUACUUUAGACAGCCCCAAUAUUUGUGACAGCAAAUCCAUUAUGAUGAAAUGGUUGUCAAGUGAUGAUGUGAUAAUUGUUCAUGGGAAAACAAAUGCGGAGCCCAAGGUCAGUGAGUGCAUCCUGAAAUUUGGACCCUCAUCUUUGGCCACGAAGAAGACUCUUAUGGUGAAGUUGGAGACCUACUAUAAUCAACACUGCAUGGUCUUUCUUUCUGCACAACAGUCGCCAACGCAAUUCUUUGAAAAAGAAGUUUCAACAUUGUUCAAUGAGUCUUGUAACACACGGCCUUGGAGAGAGUCUGUCUACUACGCAGAUGCAGGGAACAACAUCAAAAUCAUCCUGCAGAAAGGGGAUCAGUGGGCCAUCAAUUUCAACUUUAGAUUGAAUAUCACUCUGGAUGAUCACAAGGUGAUUACUGUGUCAAACAUCUCACAAGGGCUUAUUAUUGGCCUCGCCGUUCUGUUUGCGGUCCUAAUUCCGGGCAUAGUGUGCAUAGUGUUCCGGUACCGUAAGAUAAACAAUCUAAAGAAGCGCUUAGAUCAGAUGUCGGUUUCUGGGGACUCGGCUGCCCGAUAUACCAACUUGUCAUCACAGGGAGGAGGGGUACUUCACAGUCAGACGUGCAUUGUGGGGAGUCAGGAUGCUAGUGGAAUGUGCACAGUGUGUAACCGACACCACAAUGACUUUGCCCAUGUGGUGGACAUUGGUCCAGACGGUCAAGUGCAUAACAGCUCAUCCCAUGGGGACAGGAACAGAGACGAGCAACGUGAUAGUCAGUCCUCCAACCCGGACAUAUACACUGACCGUGAGGGAGAUUCACAUGCUGUCCCCAUCAGUCAAGCAUCUUUCAAUUAUUCUCGACCUCCUGCUGAACUGCCGGUGGGAUCACAUCUUCACAGGGGUCAUAUUGAUGGUGUUCUCAUAGCAUCCAGUGGUCUGGCUAGAACGUCUGACGUUCUGGGUGACUUUGGUGAUGAAGACUUUGAUCUUGGUGGAAAUGACUUGAUUCCCCCAUCCUAUGAUUUAUCUCCGCCAUCUUACGAUGAAGCUAUCCACAUGCCCAAGCCUGACCUUGACACUUCCACCGAGGCAGUUGAACAGCCUCUGUCAGAGGAAACAGACCCACUGUAUCAAAAUAUUGAAACAUUUGACAGAUAAAAUACAGAUACAAUUUUGGUGAUGCAAAGUUUUGGUAAAAAUUUAUGAAUGUUUGUUAAAAAAAUAAUAUAUUAUUUUCAAAAAUAUUUGUUUUUUUGAAGAAUUUUGUAAAAUAGAAGUUACCUGAUGUAAGGAUGAAAAUCAUGUUGAGACUGUGAUGUGCAUUCAUGGAUGAUGUUAUUCCAUUAAUGGCUUGUAUUGUUAAGCCCAAAAUGUAAUUCAUGAUAUGUUAAUGCACCUUGGUAGAAAAGCAUCAAUAAUUGCACCAUUUUCUUUGCUUUAAACUUGAAACUCGCUUUCAGAUAGGUGACAGAGAUAGGGAAAGAUAUGAACUUGACGAUUACACAAUUUUAUUGUCAAGAGUACUUUGUGCUUUAUUUGAGUUUUGCUACCUUCUACCAGUCAGUUCUCAAUAAUUUUCUUUAUUUUAUUAUUUUAUGUAUAACAUUAAGUAAAAAAUAUUUAAAUGGGACUAUUUCACUAUUUGGAAAAAUUGUACAAAAAUUAUCGUAAAAAAAAAGAGGAUGUAUUACCAGUAUACUCAAUGAAACAAAACAAUACUCGGAAUUAAUGAAAGUGUUACAGAUUGAUGUAUAUCCGAAACUGAUUCUAAUUUAUUCCAAAUUGUUAACAAUAUUUUUUUUUCAGUGAUCAGUUAGACAAUAUGUUGAUUGCUAACAUCGCCUUUUAAAUGCUCAGUUAAAGUUGAAUUUUUUUGUAUCAAAAAUUCAACAUUUUUUAACAAGUCCCUCUGAUGAACUUCUUGAACAUUUAUUACAAACAGACUAACAGAGUUGAAUGUUUGUUCACAAAAAAUGGUAAUGAUGUUUGGAAAAACAAUAAAUUAAAAAGUUAAAUGUUACAUUCAAACUCUCUGUAACUUUUGACAUCAAAUUAAGUUUAAUCAAAGUAUUGUUCUCCUAAAUAUAUAAUUUCUCACUUUUGAUCCCAUAUAAUCAUAUAGUAUGUAAGCUUUUUUACCUGUAAUAGACAGAAAAACCAUCAUAGUCUGGACCCAUCAGAUCAUUCUCCUUUGAUCAUGUUGUACCAUAAACAUAUGUAUGUAUGUAUUUACAUGACAGCUAUGUCAAAAGUGAUAGCUUUAAGCAUUGUGCAUAAAAACCUGUUGAUUCAUUGACCAUAUCUUUUUUUCAAGCCCACUACUGCCUGACUACUGGUAAUCUGGAUAUAGAGGUAUAAAUGGUCGGUGUCUGCUUGAGUGUGUGCAUGCAUCCAAUCUUUUCAGUACUGUUACUUUGUCAUUCAUUGUGCAAUGGUAAAAUAAACUUCUACUAAUGUUCACCAUCCUGAGUCAACCUGUUGUGUGUAAAUCCAUCUCCCAACCUCAAAGGUCAAGGUCACACUAAGAGGUGAAAGGUAGAAUUUGGCAAUAAAAUUGCUUGUCCGGAAACAUUUUCAUAAAUGACCACCAUGAGAAGAUGGCAUGUUGCAUAUAACACCUGUCUCCCUACCUCAAGGUCAAGGUCACAGAGUUCAAAGAUCAAAUUUAAAACUUAGCCACAAGACAGCAUAAGACAGCUUGUCAGGAUUGCAGUUUUAAAAUGAUGUACCAUAAAUGACCAACAUUUAAACGCAGAUGUGUUGCUGUAAACAUGUUGCAUGCAUCUCCCUGCUACAGUUAUGGUCAAACAAAGGUUAAAGGUUAAAUUUGGCUAUAAAAUGGCUUAUCCAACUUGUAACUUCAUCAUUCCUCUUGCAAGUUUAAAAUAAUGUUUCACAUCAUGUGUCAACUGUGGAGGCCACAAUAACGUACAAUAGUCAAACAUUUGCAUAGUUCAGCUUACAAGCAUUAAUGACUAUUGGCCGUCUAGGUUGCAGACUGGCAUCUAGUAUUAACAUAAUCAUCACAGCUUCAGGGUACAAGCUGUUCUGUAGAAGACAUGAAUCAAAUGCAGUUCAAUAACUAUGUCUUCCUAGAAUACUGGUAAAUUAUGUUCUGUGUGCGUAUUGUUUGUCUGAUUUUAAAUGAAAAUUAUUCAAUAUUUAGUCGUUUUGAAAAAUGAUAAAUGAAAACAUUGAAAUUAGUUUAAAUAUGUGUUUGAAUAACAGUAUUUGUCACAGUAUAA